AUUUCAUUGGCGACGGUCAUCUGUCUCGCUCGAGUUUUGUUAUCAUUUCUGUGUUGUGUAAAUAAAAUUUAAAUACGUACUCGUUUAGUAUCACUUUAUAGAACAGAAAGUAGUUUUACGAGUUUGCGAAUGUCUGUUUUCGGCCACUGACCUCCGUUGCUAUGCAUGUGUGAGCGUAGUGUCUAUUAUAAUCUGUAAAUAAAUAUUCAUUUGUGUUUUCGUACACUUUUUUAAUUUGUAAUAAAUGUAACGAUUCUUUGUGUAAAAUUCACAAAAUGAAGUUCAAGAUUGACAAGGGCCUGGUGCCUAUAAAGGUUCAUUUUUUCUUCUUUUUUGCUGCUCUUGGACCGUUGUUACCACAAAUAAAUGUGUUCGGUCGCCAACUGGGCGUGUCUCCAGGAGUCAUGGGAAUGGUCACGGCUGUACUACCCCUGCUGUGGGCGGCAGCCAAACCGCUCUUCGGUUACGUGGUGGACUUCUGGCCGGCCCACAGAAAAUUAGUAUUCAUGCUAUUGAUCACAGUGAUGACAGGCUCCUAUUGUUGUCUAUGGUUUCUACCGAUGCCAGAGCAACCAGAGACAACGGAGCCGCCCGUUCUAGAAUACAUCUAUAACCUUAAUGACACUAUAUACCUGAAAAAAUAUAAUAAUGACCCAUUCCUCGAUAAAUACACGUGUCAAUGGAACUGCUCUAUGGGCGAGAAUUUCGACGUGUUUCUCUCGAAUUCGACAUUCGUAAACACUGUUUACAUCGACGCACAAGUGACAAAUGAGUCUUGCUCGCACCUACAUAUGGGUUUUGACGAUGCGAGAGCGGGACAGAUCAUAUGUACUCCGGUCAAGAACUGUAAUUUGCUGUGUUUCGAGGAGAAUUUGUCAGGAACGAACAGAAGUAGAAGGGAAGUUCACAGCGCGUCGAACAACGCGAUAGAGAACGCGUCGAAACAACCACUGAGUUUAACGAAUGCGUCGAAACAGGAUGUGUCGAAGUUAACCAGUGUGUCGAACGAGACGAAUGAUAAUUUUUAUAUGACGGUGACGUUUUGGGCGUUCGUUGUUCUUAUGUGUGUGGGGACGGUAGCUUUCAACGUAGCUAACUGCAUAGGAGAUGCGGUGUGUUUUGAUGUUUUAGGACCGGACCAUGGCUCCAAGUACGGAGCCCAACGAGCCUGGGGUACCGCCGGGUAUGGAGUCACGGCGCUGCUGGGCGGCUGGCUGGUGGACCUGGUGUCUGAAUCCGACAUCAAGAACUUCACGCCCGCCUUCAUCAUCGCCAUACUGGCCACCAUCGUAGAUCUGUUCAGCUGUAGAGCGCUUAACUUGCCGUCGCUGUCCAGCCCGGAGGACUCGGGGAAGGCGCUGCGCGAGGUGCUGAGGAUACCGCGCGUGAUGCUGUUCAUCGUGUUCGCAGUCAUCGCCGGCACCUUCGACAGCUUCAUCAUAUACUAUAUGUUUUGGUUCCUGGAGGAAAUAGCUGAGGAAACGGGUUACAUGGCGAAGAUUAAGCUCAUAGAGGGCGUCGUGAUCGCAGCUCAGAGUUUCAUUGGCGAAUUAUUGUUUUUCUACUUCUCUGGUAAAAUUAUAAACCGAUGGGGCUACGGCACUACGAUGACGUUCUCGCUGUUCUGUUAUGGUGUAAGGAUGGCGCUUAUAGCCGUCAUACGGAACCCAUGGCAUUUAGUGUACAUAGAGUCCAUAAUGCAAGGUCCCACGUACGCUCUGUGCUACUCCACCAUAGUGGGCUACGCGGCGGAGGUGGCGCCCCCUGGCUACUCGGCCACCGUGCAGGGCAUCGUCGCCGGCAUGGACGACGGCGUCGGCUUCGCGCUGGGUUCGCUGGUGGGCGGGCAGCUGUACGCGGGCGCGGGCGGGCGGGGCUCGUUCCUGGCGCUAGGGGGCGCCGCCGUCGUCGCGUCCGCCGCGCACGCCGCUUUAUUUGCAUUACUCACGCGGUGUACAGACAAACAAACGGAUACCAAAGACAGCCAAGCGCCUUUGCCGGAAGGCGAGAAGUUCCUGCCGGAAAACCAGCGCGACGCUACCGCCAUCUAUUGCAGCACGACUGUACCUCUCAACGAGAAAUAGCACCAAAGAAUUAGUCGCGUUACAAGCGAAUAUGAUACUUGUAACAAUAGUACAUAAUGUAUAUUUUAGCUUUAAUCUACAGUGAAGUGAAACUAAAUGGAUUUUGUAUUCCAAAUAUGGAAGAGUACCGAAGUGUAGCAAGAUUGGAAAAAAGAUAUUUUAAAAAUCGUGAUAGAUACAAGGUUUUUUUUAUGAUAAUAAUAUGGUAACCCCGCCUGCGCUAACGGGGCACCAGUGAAGGAUGAUAAGUGAGAAUGAAAAGGCAGGUCAGUUAGCCCAUCGCGAUGAAUACACCUCGAAUUCAGCACGAUGGUCUCCAGGAACUGGCUUUUUUGCGUUGCAGUGCAAAAACUACUGUUCUAAAUUCAAACGUGUCUUCUAUCUCGCUUACACAUUCGCUUCAUUACUGUUCCAAAAUCGAAUUUGUUGAUUCAAACUAAACGCAAUUUCCAUUUGGUUUUCAUACCUUUUUUUAUAUUGUAUAUAAUAUAUAAUAAUAUUUUAUUUUUAAUCGAUACUUGAAGUAUCGUCCAUCGAAUUUAUUCGAUUAUUUCGUCACAGUCGUAGAAUACCGACGGAUCUGACAAAUAUUACAUAAAAAGAUCCGUCAGUAUUCUACGACUGUGACGAUUUUUUAAACUAUAAUAGUGAACAAGCAUCCCUAGAGAAGGUACGAACGUAUCUAUCGAUAGAAACGCUUCGGUCAACGCUCGUAUUAGGAAGAGUAGGACAGCGCACGUCGUCGACUCAUUAUAUAUAUAUAUAUAUAUAUAUAUAUAUAUAUAUA